AAAGUAUUAAGUUAGUUGGUUGUCGACAGAUGAAGAUGGGAUAGCGAACAAGUGCAAUGUUCACUUCUGUUGCUGGUUUGCGCUUGUGCAGGUGUUAAGGAAAGACUGGGGUUAGUUGUGUUGCUCGACAAAAGCAAGCUAUCUGAGCAGACGAGACGAGACGAGUAGCGGAUGUGUCACGGUGGAGCUGAAGAGCAGUGUAAGGCAGGCAGGAGGGGCUUAACCAGGGGAGGGGCGGGCAAAGGAGGAAAGGAGACGAAGGGAAGGAGAGGCAAGCACGGACGAGGGAACAGGGGUCGACGGGAGGAGGGAAAGAGGCCGCCGGGCACAGAGACACACAGACAGAAAGCCGGGAAAAGAAAAGAAACGACCCAGCCUGCGGCCCUGCUCCGUGCACGAGCUGAAACGACACGGGGCAGCCAGCCUGCAGGCAUACCGGCCUCACUCCCAGCAUUCCCGGACCACCACAGGAGCAGCCUCUCCAGGGGAGAAGAGCACCCUGCCGGGCCCCCCGUCUGCUGCAGAAAGUGGGCAGAAAACCACAACAACAACAAAAGCCUCGACGACGCCCGCAGCAACCGUAGCAACAAUACCAUGCCAGAUGCCGCUGUUACGAAGGACAAUGUAGCACUUCCUUGACGCAGCUGCAACAGACACGCUUCAAGGCCUGAAACGGCGUCGCGACAAUGCCGAAACGGUCCCAGGUGGCUGGGCCCUCGGGGGGCGCGCGCGCAGCGGGGCGUGCGCUCUUUGUUUUCUGCUGGACGGCGCGGGCUGCGACUUGAAGCCGGAGCAAGCGCGUGCCUUC